UGCCCUCAAGAUGGUGCUGUUUCUCCCUCAUCCGCUACCCUUUGUUUUUUCCGCCUGUCGCCCCUAGCUGCGAUCUCUAUCUUCUUGGCCAUUUUUAAAAAGCGUUUUAAUGAUGGCGGAGGACAGCGAGUCUGCCGCCAGCCAACAGAGCCUGGAGCUGGACGACCAGGACACCUGCGGGAUAGACGGGGACAACGAGGAGGAGAACGAGAACACGCAAGGUAGUCCCGGUGGAGAUUUGGGGGCUAAGAGGAAAAAGAAGAAGCAAAAGAGGAAGAAAGAGAAGCCAAGCUCUGGGGGAGCCAAGUCGGACUCUGCCUCUGACUCCCAGGAGAUCAAGAAUCCUGGUUUGCCCAUUCAGAAGCUUCAGGACAUCCAAAGAGCCAUGGAGCUGUUGUCCUGUCAGGGCCCAGCAAAGAGUAUUGAUGACGCAACAAAGCACAAGUACCAGUUUUGGGACACACAGCCAGUGCCAAAAUUAAAUGAGGUGGUGACAGGCCACGGCCCGAUCGAAGCUGACAAGGAGAACAUCAGGCAAGAGCCCUAUUCCUUACCUCAAGGCUUCAUGUGGGACACUUUGGAUCUCAGCAAUGUGGAUGUUCUGAAGGAGCUGUACACGUUGUUGAAUGAGAACUACGUGGAGGACGACGAUAAUAUGUUUAGAUUUGAUUAUUCACCAAACUUCCUCAAAUGGGCUUUACGUCCACCUGGUUGGUUACCUCAGUGGCACUGUGGCGUGCGAGUUUCCUCAAAUAAGAAGCUAGUCGGCUUCAUCAGUGCAAUUCCUGCUGAAAUACGCAUUUAUGACAUGUUGAAGAGGAUGGUCGAAAUCAACUUCCUGUGUGUCCACAAGAAGCUGCGUUCAAAGCGAGUAGCGCCGGUGCUUAUCAGAGAGAUCACACGACGGGUGAACCUGGAAGGAAUUUUUCAGGCAGUGUACACGGCAGGAGUCGUACUGCCUAAACCAGUGUCAACGUGCAGAUACUGGCAUCGCUCUUUGAACCCAAGAAAGCUUGUGGAGGUCAAAUUCUCCCAUCUGAGCAGAAACAUGACCCUGCAAAGAACGAUGAAACUCUACAGACUACCAGAUAGCAUCAAGACUGGGGGUUUGCGGCCGAUGGAGAGGCGUGACAUCCGGCAGGUGACCGAGCUGCUGCAGAAGUUCCUGAGACGUUUUCAGCUGGCGCCUUCUAUGAGCGAAGUAGAAGUGGCCCACUGGUUCCUACCACAGGAAAACAUAAUUGACACAUAUGUUGUAGAGGGUUCUAGUGGCAUCCUGACAGACUUUGCUAGUUUCUACACAUUGCCCUCUACUGUGAUGCAUCACCCCCUCCAUAGGAGCUUGAAAGCUGCAUACUCCUUUUACAACGUUCACACACAAACGCCGCUGCUGGACCUAAUGAAUGAUGCCCUCAUCCUCGCCAAACUGAAAGGCUUUGAUGUGUUCAAUGCUUUGGAUUUAAUGGAGAAUAAAGUAUUUCUGGAUAAGCUCAAGUUUGGUAUUGGUGAUGGAAAUCUGCAGUAUUAUCUAUACAACUGGAAGUGUCCCCCAAUGGAACCUGAUAAGGUCGGCCUCGUCCUUCAAUAGCCCAUGUCUGUGGGCCUGCUACACACACACACACACACACACACACACACACACACGCACACACACACACGCACUCACACACACACACACACACACACACACACACACACACACACACACACAC